CUAAAGUAAUAAUAAUAAUUCUCAACUUUUCCCAAUACUCACACAAUUUUGGCUAUUCUCGAUUCUCAAGUCGACUCGAAUAUCACGAUUUAAACUUAAAAUUCACACAAUCAUACCUCUAUGAGCAGAGCACGAACGAACGCUCUGCUGUGCCGACUUCAAUUAGUUUACAUUCACUAACAAGACGUUGGUUUAAAAAAAAAGUGUUUUGUUACUCAAACCCCCACGUAUAUUUUCCCCCUUCAAAGAUGUGUUUGUGUAUUGUAAAAGUUAGGUUUAUGGAAUAAGAAACUAAAACAACAACAACAAACCAGCUCCAAACCAAAAACCUAUACACACACUUUAAGACCCCCAUAGGUUCCACACAAACAUCGAAGACCGUAGCAGGCUCCAAAGACACACAGAAAAAUAAUAAUAAGAAAAAUAAACCGAUCGUCGUUAUACUCGUUGUUGGUCGGUAUAGCUCGAUCGGUUGGUUGUUUCUUUUCAAGAGAACUUCAGUCUCUUCAGUUAAUGUUUAUACCUUCAUUCGUUGAGCACGACUUUUCUGUGUUGUUACUGGGAAGGGAUUUUUUCUUCUUUUUUUUUGUUUUUUUUUUAUUUCCUUCUGUGACCAGAAAAAAAAAUAUAUUGCCUUCGUAUGUUUUGAUCUCGAGUUUCUUUCGAUAAUUAACCAACAAAAAUAAAACAAAUUUGUUACUUAAAACUGCUAAAUAAGCAGAAUAUAUCGUUUAAGGGUGUGCAACGACUAGUUAGAGCUUAGUUUUGACCCUAACUUUUACAAGAUUUUUGUUUCGUUGAGUUUAAACUUGAAGUUCGGCUUCAAUUUGCGUCACCUUACCUCGAAUACUUUGGCUAAAGUUCUAAAAGUUUACUUUUACAAUUUUGAUUCUUAACACCUGAACGCGUGUGCUGAUUUUUAUUCAAAGCGUUGUGUUCUAAAUCGAAAAUCAUAAACUGAGAUCGUUUUUAAGUCGAGUUUAUAUCUCAAUUGGCGACAUAGUUUUUUAGGCCAGCGUUACACUGAAUUCUUGAAAGUUCUUAAUCUAUUAACCUGAACGCGUGUUUCACGACUUGUGUCACUUAUUUAAAAGAAAAAUUAGAAAUUAUUCCAAGAGAAUAAUGAAAUAAAUUAAAAUAUUUUUAAACCAAGUGUUAUAAUUUGUUUGAAUAAACAAAAUUACAAAAAAAAAAAAGUGUGUACUUCCCCUUAAACUAUGGAAUACCUUCGUAUAUUAAAUGCCUUCGAACAAACCUAUUACAAUCGGAUUAAAGAAAUCGAAAGGGUUGCAGCCGCCGCUGCGGGCUCAAAUCAUCGAUUAAGAAGCAUGACUAGCAAUAGCAGCCCCAUGAGCAGUAGUAGCAGUAGCAGUAGCAGCAGUAGUAGCAGUAGCAGUCCGCCGAAUCAUAUGACAAUAAAUAAUCCCUAUCAUUACCAUCAUCAUCAACACCCGCAUCACCAUCCUGCGAAUAGGGCGGCCCAUUUAAAUGGUCAUCAUAGUAAUGCAACAAAUGUUGCAAAUAGUUUACUAUGGCAACCUUGGAGGGAUUUUACAUCGUCAGCAGCGGUAGCUGCUGCUGCAGCAGCACAUCAUCAUUUUUAUCAACAGCAACACCAUCAUCAACAGCAGCAGCAAAUUCAACAUCAGCAACACCAACAACAACAGCAAAGUUUGCAAAAAGAAUCCCGCUUAACUGCCAAAGAACUUCCCACCACAAAAUGGCGUCGUGAUCGUCGAAUGCGUGCUGCUUCCGAAUACCAACAUUCACUAUCAUCACAAAAUAACCCAUCAUCAGUGGUAGCAUCUGUAGCAUCACCACCAGCAUCCCCACCAAUAAUGGUCGGUCAACCGACCAGUUUGAGACCGCUGUGCGAGUCGACAAAUCGAACCACAUUGCCAAUUAUUGAAAGUCCAAUUGAUAUGUCUGUGACAUCGACAACAAUGAAACCAAGAGCAUCACCACCACCCCCAUAUAGGGAACCAUUGCCGGGAUCGACAUUUGCCACAACUCUUGCUCGGCCAAGUGUUAUAACGCAGGCACCACCAAAACGUGGUGACUCACGUGACAGUAUUUUAAUUUCGAAUCGAGAAAAUGACAAUCAAAGUACUGAAUCUAUAUCAAUGUGUGAAACCGUGAUAGAUGAACAUUUCCGUCGCUCUCUAGGACCUGACUAUGUGGCUCUCUUUGGCAAGAAAUCCCCAGUUCCAUCGACGCCAUCCCCAACACCUACUCCCACUCCACCACCACCAGCAAUUCAACACAAUAUGCAACCGAUGGCAUCGGUAACACCAACUCUACUACAUCAGCCAGUAGAACUCCAUCGUUCUACACCAACUCCACCAGCUGCAGUAGUUAUGCCUCAGGCUUUGACUACAAAACCCAUCUUAAGUCCAGUUAGUCCACCCGAACAAUCACCACCUCAUGUGGCAGCAGCUAGGGUUGAAUCUCCAGCUUUGGUAGCAUUAGCUCAUCAAAAUGAAACAACAACAUCAUCCUCAUCAUCAUCCAAAACAACAACAACAACAUCGACACUUUCAUCAACGCCAUCUGUUGAUGAUCACUUUGCCAAGGCAUUAGGGGAUACAUGGAAAAAACUGCAGGCAGACAAAGAACAGAGGAAUUGAAUUCUUCCAAUUUUAUAUUACAAAAAAUAUAUUUAUAAUUCUUAUAAUCAUUUAAAAAAAGAAAAAUCAAACAAUACUAAUUUGAUGGUUUUUACUUUGUGAAACUAAUACUAUUACACACUAUUUUUAACCUAUACAUGGCAAAAAGAUCUCAAGACAACAACAAAAAAAUUACAAAAAAAAAUAUUUAAUGUUUAGUGAUAAAGGUUUUUUUUCGGAUAUAAGAAAAGGGAAGGCGUUACAUUUAAAAAAGAAUAAGACAAUUAACAAAAGAAGGAUAAUGACAAUGCUAAAAGGAAUAAUAUGUCAAUUUGAAAAUCAAUUAAAAAUUAAUAUUGUUAAUUAAAAUGUUCUAGAUGAAUAAAAAAAAUACUUAAUUAUCAUUAAAA